AUGAAGCACCGUGUUGGUCGUCAACCAUACUACAUAGCAGCAGCUGAUUUCAAUAGUGAUAGAAAACUCGAUCUAGCAGUAGUUAACUGGGGUGAAAACACCGUCAGUAUACUGCACGGCAAUGGCGAUGGAACUUUUCGAACACAAAUAAAGUAUGCAACUGGCAACAGUCCGAUGGUUGUCAUAUCAGCUGAUUUCAACAAUGAUAAUAAAAUGGAUGUCGUAGUGGCAAAUUAUGGUGAAAAUACUAUUAGCCUACUACUUGGUCAUGGGAAUGGAAGUUUUGACAAUCAGCAGCUUUAUCAAUGUGGUGCCAAUCCAUAUAGUCUAGCUACAGGUGACUUUGAUAAUGACACAAUGAUAGAUUUGGUAGUGGUGGUCUCAAAUGACAAUACUGUUGGCUUGUUGUUGAGUAAUGGCGAUGGUACAUUUCAAGCUCCCAAAAGCUAUUCGGCUGGUGGGAGUCCAACUUCUGUGACAGCCGGUGAUUUUAAUCAUGAUGAUAACUUAGAUAUAGCUGUCGCUAGCUUCGUUGAAAAUACUGUCAGUGUUCUGUUAGGUAAUGGAGAUGGAACCUUUCAGCCUCAAGUUAGGUAUGGAAUCGGUGGUAGUCCACAGGGUCUGAUAUCAGCUGAUUUCAACAAUGAUAGCAUAUUGGAUCUAGCAGCGGCUAAUCAAGGUGAGACCACUGUUAGUGUGUUACUCGGAAAUGGAAACGGAACGUUUCAAACACAAGUAAAAUAUGCCAGUGGGAAUGGUCCAACUUCUUUGAUUUCAGGUGACUUCAACAAAGAUAAACAACCAGAUUUGGCAGUGGCUAAUGCAUACGAAUAUACUGUCACAGUGCUCCUUGGUCAGUCUGAUGGAACAUUUUACACCCAAACUCAAUUCGCGACUGGUACAAGACCAUCUUCUGUUACAUUAAAUUAUUUUAAUAGUGAUAGAAUCGUCGAUGUAGUUGUUGCUAAUCAAGAUGACAAUACUAUCAGUCUACUACUUGGUAAAGGAAAUGGAAUGUUUGAAACACAAAUUAAGUAUGCAACUGGCAAGAAUCCAUCUUGUGUCAUAUCAAUUGAUUUGAAUCAUGAUCAUAGUUUAGACGUAAUAGUGACUAACUUCGGUGACAAUACUGUUAGUGUGUUUCUUGGUAAUGGAAAUGGAACGUUUCAGACUGCAAAAAGCUAUGCUGUUGGUAAUAAUCCUAUAUAUAUAGUAUGUGAGGAUUUCAAUAUUGAUAGCAUAAUGGACCUAGCAGUGGUAAACUUUGGUGAAGAUACAGUAAGCGUAAUAUUGGGUACUCAAAAUGGAACCUUUAUAACGCAAGCGAAGUAUAAGACUGGUAGGAGUCCAUAUUCUAUAGCUUUAGGUGAUUUCAAUGGUGAUUAUAAGCAAGAUCUGAUAGUGGCUAACUCUGGUGAAAACACAAUUAGUGUGUUGUUUUCUAAUGCAGAUGGAACUUUUGGAAACUCAAUUACUUAUAUCGUUGGUAUCAGUCCAGUUUCUGUGAUAUCUGGUGACUUCAAUAACGAUAAAAA